AUGCGACGUUGGUUCUCCCCCCGUAAUAGCGAGGAGUGCGAUGGCCUCACCAUCAGCACGAAGCUCAUAAGUGUCCCCCCUUCUGUGGUCGCCAUCACACCUCCUCCGACGAAUCGAUCACUCUCCAUCAGGUCCAACCACCGCCGUAAUGGCUCCCAGAACGGUGCCUCCAAGCGCGCUGGUUUCUCCUUCAACUCUCUUCGCGGCAACGUGCAACCCGAGCUUUCGCGCAAGCUCUACAAGAUCAUCAAGAGCGAGAACAACCUGAUCAACGCCCACGAGACCGCCGGCCGCGAGCGCACUUCUAUCGCCACCCAGCUGUCCGAGUGGGGCGAGCAGACCAACGACGCGGCCGUCUCAGACGUCUCUGACAAGGUUGGCGUCAUCCUCAGCGAGCUCGGCGAGCAGGAGGAGCAGUACGCCCACUCUCUGGACGAUGCUCGGGGUGUUCUGAAGCACAUCCGCAACACUGAGAAGAGUGUCCAGCCGAGUCGGGAUGGCAAGGACAAGAUUGCCGACGAGAUUGCCAAGUUGAAAAUGAAGGAGCCCCAGAGCGCAAGGCUCGUGGUCCUCGAGCAGGAGCUUGUCCGCGCUGAGGCAGAGAACUUGGUUGCCGAGGCUCAACUGACAAACAUCACUCGCCAGAAGCUCAAGGAAGCUUACGAAGCCGAGUUCGCUGCCACCAUUGAGCGAGCCGAGAAGCAAAUUAUUCUUGCCAAACAUGGCCGUAGACUUCUGCACCUCCUUGACGAUACCCCUGUCGUCCCUGGCGACGUGCGUCCCACGUAUCACCACGCUCAACAGGCGCGGCAAAUUCUCAAUGACGCCGAGGACGACCUGCGUGACUGGCGCCCAGAGCAGGAUGACUUUAAUGUCGCACCGUCCGACUCUGUGUCCAACGCUAGGGGCACCCAGGACGCGGUCCACGACGAAGACGCCAACAUUGUGGCUAGCUCGGUUCCUGGGCACCAGGCGGUUUCUGAGAAAGACAAUGAUAGUAUUGUGAGCAAUGGAACCAGACAGACCGAGACUGUUGCUGCUCACUAG